AUCGAUGGAGGGCAAAACGAUUUUGGUCUCCGUUCUCUUGGUGGUGCUCGGCGUAGCAGCUGCCGUUGCAGGGUUUGCAGCCGAAAGCAAGAGAGUUAAGAAAAAUGACAUCAAGGUGGAAUAUGAUGGUGGUUAUGAACCCAUAUGCGAGUACCCAAGUAGUCCAGCCAUGGGUCUUGCCCUAGCUGCAGCAGUGGCUCUUGCGUUGGCUCGUAUCAUUGUCACGUCAACCACUGGUGGUUGUUGCAGAUGUUGCCGAACUAUCCCUAAUUUACGCAAUAUAGCUAGAGUUUGUAUUGUUAUAUCAUGGAUUACAUCUGUUGUAGCUAUCUUCUUGUUUCUCGGGGGUGCAAAAUUAAGCAGUAAAAAAGGUGUAGAGAUUGAGGCAAAUGGCAUGUACUAUUGUUAUACCGUAAGGCCUGGGAUCUUCUUGGGAGCUGGUAUCAUGGGUCUCGUGGGUGUGCUUCUGGGUCUGGUUUAUUACCAUUUUUAUGUCUCGGCUGCAAAGGGUGCAAACGAGAAAUCAGGGGUAGAGGUAGAGCUAGAAGCACCACCGAUCAACGAUGGCAAGAAACCACGGGUCAACGAUGGCAAGAAACCACCUAUGACCGAUGGCAAGAAACCACCUAUGACCGAUGGCAAGAAACCACCGAAGCCAUUGCAAAAAUAA